GAUCAGCGACCAUAGAGAGCUAGCUACAUACUAGUCCUACGUUACAACACGUAACGUUAACCUUAUUAGUUUACGUCGCGGCAUAGGUAGCUAACUAAAAAAGCCAAAACCGCAGUUUAUUUGAGUUAAUUUUAGUUAUCCGAGCUUCUGUCAUGUUCUAAUAACUCAGCGUUACUCCAGACAGCACACAGCACCACUGGUACCUGUGUGAUUGAAGAAGCUGGCAGGAUGAGUGGCUCUAUGGCCGAGCUGGACACAGUGCAGAACAAGCUGGAAUAUAUUGACACUGAUGACCAUUCUUCCAAGGACUGUGUUGGUUUUGAGAAGGACAGUAACGCCCACCCUGGCCCUGCAGGGGCUCCUGUAUGGGGGGCCGGGGCCCCUUCAGAUGCCAGUCUGCUAGUUCCUCACCCUCACCAGCCAGGAAUGGUCGACUCUCUCACCCUAAGGUUCCACUGUCCAUGUCAGUCCCCUCAGUGUCAGCUGACGUACCCCGACUUCCUGCUGGAGCCCCAGGCCAGUCAGUACCAGCUCCUCAGCGGGCCUGUGGCUGCUCCAGCAGACAGCAGCCAUCCCAGCUCAGCGUCGGCUCCUUGGUUUGCUAACGAACCCAUUCUCUGCAGCAUGAUGCCGGGAGACUUACAUGGCCCUUUAGCCAGCAUCUGUGUACCCCCUGGCAUGGACCAUCAGCCGUUUCAGGAUGGGCUGACUGAGUUUACAUCCCACAUCCCACAGCCUGUGGUGUGUAAUGUGAGUGCGGAUGGCCAGGUCGUGCUGGUUAACCCCUGUGAGCCCGGACCUGUUUUCCUGACCAUGACUUCUGCACCAACACACAGAGACAACGAUGUGAGUGUGUUGAGGACUCCCAGCCAGCUUCCCCAGUACCACCAGACAGCGUGUCCCCUGUACGAGUCCAGAGAUCAGACAACCAGCAUGCAGCCACCAGCCCACCCAGCACAAACUGCUGGAACGUGUCAGUCAAAGUCCAGGAAGCCCUGCCACUGCACCAGAUCCCAGUGCCUCAAACUCUACUGUGAGUGUUUUGCUAACGGAGUGAUGUGCAGCGACUGUGACUGCUCUAACUGCCACAACAAUGCAGAGCACGAAAUCAAGCGUCACAAGGCAAUUAAGUCCUGCUUAGGUCGUAACCCAGAUGCCUUCAGGUCUAAGAUUGCUGCUGGGAAAUCCGGAGAGGUCAAAGGUUGGCACAACAAAGGCUGCAACUGUAAACGCUCGGGCUGCCUCAAGAACUACUGCGAGUGCUAUGAGGCCAACAUCAUGUGUACCUCCAGCUGUAAAUGUGUUGACUGUAGAAACUAUGACGACGGCUCAGAAGAGAAGAACAAAUGGCCUGUGUCAGUGAUAACCCCGGCUGUGGUGGAGGCUGUGUGCAGCUGCCUGCUGGCCCAGGCUGAGGAGGCUGAGAGGGAGGCCCAUAGCCCCGCCCGGGCUGAGCGCAUGGUUCUGGAAGAGUUUGGACACUGUCUCGCACAGAUUGUCAAGGCCAUGUUCAAGUACAACACACAAUGAUGCUUUGGAGUCACACUGUGGAGACAUCUCUGGGUCUUACUUCAGAACCCUAACCGCUUAACAUCCAAGAAAAACAGCUGGACCACCAGGGAUAUUUGAACCCAUGCAUUGGGGUUUGGAAGGCUUCACAGAUUACUUCUACUUUUUAAUGUGUGUAGUUUGCAAGCUGUCAUGUGACAACAGCAUUACACAAAGCAAUGACCACAGCACAACAUACUGGUAAUGUCAUACUCAGGUUUAUAUUGGUGGGCUCCUGAUGGAUGGAAAUGCCCAUUAUUAUUGUUUUGAUGUCUAUACAGAACAAACCUAUGUAAAAAGUUGAGUUCAGAGGAGUAUUAUUUUCAAUAUAGUAUUAUUUGUACUGUUAAAGGGAUAGAUCAGAUGUGUUGACGUGUGGUUGUAUUAGGCACUUCCCCAUAGUGAGUGUAUAUGCCGAUCGGCAUCAAAGCUAAGCAAAUGUCCUGCUGUGGGCAGGGGCAGCAGCUAAAUGGAUUUUACACACCUAAAACAUCUAUACCAGUUUAAGUGUACACUAUUAUUUAGUGCUUCACCUUGCUGUCAGACAGCCCUUUCCCUUCACAGAAGUUUCUCUCCUUUCUGUUAUUCGGCCGUUCAGUCUCCCUCUGCAAAAGUUUCUCUUCUGUAUACUCGGCACAGUCGCGCUUCUGCGCAGGAAUGCAGACGUUCUACAGAUGAGAAAAUGCAGUGCCUAAAGGAAAGGGCUGUCUGACAGCAAGGUGAACCUGUAAUGAUAUUCUAAAUAUAGAGUCCACUUAUAUACAGUAUAUACUGAUAUACUGUACAUUUUAGGUGUCUAACACGCUUUAGCUGCUGCCCAUAGCAGGACAUGCUUAGCUUCUGUGUUGGUACUCCUGCCUGCUUCUCCAAACUAGGGGUGUGCCGACUAAUACACUGAUCCUGGAGAUGUAGCUCAUACAACAAGAAUGAACAAGCAUCUCAACUGUUCCUUUAAUUUUUGUAUUGGUGUGUGCAAUGUUGCUGUUCUGGCUCUGAUUUAAAUUCUGUUCAUAGUGUGUAGAGUGUGGAUGGACAGUUUCAGUGGUUUAUAAAUAAUAUAAACAUUGUAAAACAUUGCUGUCACAUUUCUGAUCUUUAGAAAUAACACAAAACAAAUGCACUGACCAA